UUGAUCAACUUGCAUUUUACACAGGCGCAGAAAAAACACUCUGAAAAAUAUCUGGCCAUUAAUAAUUUUUUAUUAAAUUAUUAAAUAAAUAUCGACAAAGCUAAUUUAAUCGAUAAAUAUUAAUUAAACAAUGGCAAGUUUAACACGUACACUACGACCAGUCUUCAGAACUGUUUACAGUCAAGUUAGAAAUUAUGCUGAAGCUGGAAAUGAGAUGAAAUUCACUUUGGCUGGUGCAAAUCAGGUAUUCUAUGAUCAAGUGAGCAUUCGUCAAGUUGAUGUACCAUCAUUUUCUGGUUCAUUUGGUAUUCUUCCAAAGCAUGUACCAACACUUGCUGUAUUGAAACCAGGUGUUGUUACUGUUUAUGAAGAAAGUGGUGAUACUAAAAAAGUAUUUGUUUCAUCAGGUACUGUUACCAUCAAUGAAGACUCCAGUGUUCAGAUUUUGGCUGAAGAAGCACAUGCUGUUGAAAGUUUGGAUAACUCAGCUGCUAAAGAUAUUUUAAACAAAGCACAACAACAAUUGAGCUCUGCUUCAUCAGAAAAAGACAAAGCAGAAGCAGCUAUUGCUGUUGAAGUUGCUGAAGCACUUGUAUCAGCAUCUGCGUAAAUAAAAACAAAAAUACAAUUUAUAAAAUAAAAUUCAAUUGAUGAUUAAAUUUUAGAAAGAAUGUUAUCAACAUCUCUUGUUACUACUCAUCUGUAAAAUAUAAUUCAAAAAUAGAUAAAAGAAAAAAAACAAAAUUA